AUGCAUUUAAAAUUCAGAAUUCGUUUUCUAAUAACAGUACUGCUUCUUUUGACGAUUUUGUUUUUAAUAACAUGGAGAUUCUCAGGAUUUCCCAACCAAUAUAUAUCAAGAGUGAGUUUAUUCGAGGUGGAGUUCGGAAACUUGAAGCCAACUUUAAUAAAGACUAAAGGAUACGAAUGUCAUUCACAUGACAUAGAAGUUUUUCAACCUCAGAUGAGUACAUAUCAUAAAGAUGACCAUCAGCUGAAGUCUUGUGUAGACUGUAAGAAUUCUGUGGUAGUUUUCACAUUUUCGAAAAGUUCACCUACGAACAGAUACUUAGCUUAUAUCCUGAAAGUUCUACUAAUUCCAUAUCAUGUAAUUACUAUUAAUCACGUACAAGCAAACAGCAUUUCAGCUUUUUUGAAAGUGCUUUCACAUACUGAACGUAUUACUAUGAUAAUUUUUGAGAACUUUGCUAUUUACACUAAUUUACCACAAGGAGAAAGAUCUCAGGUUGAUAUUUUCUGCAGAAAGCACAAUGUUGGAGUCAUUGGAUUUUUAUUCGAUGGUGAAACCUUCACAACUGAAGCCGGCACAUGGUCUAAGGUUGGAGAGCUACCACUCUACAUCCAUCGACUUGAAAAGCCUCCGCAGGGGCUUUACACAUCAAAGAGUUCACCACUAUUCAGGAUCACACGUCCUAACCGGAUGAACCCAGACAUACUUGAUAUUCAGGAACAAAUUUAUGGCACGCAAAACAUAACACGCACUCAACAUGUCUGUUGUAUGGCAACGUUGGUUCCUGUUUCAAAUAAUGUACAAUCAUACAGAACUGUUGCAUUUACGAAAACUGGUGAAUAUUUUGGACCUAUGUCAACUUAUGACUCAUUACCGGUUAAUAUGAAAAGUUGUGAGAAUUCCUCUACGGUGUCUGACAAUAGUACCCAUUCAAUUUUCCAGAGCUUAGUUUUAGAAGAUGUUGGUUUGUUUGAUGGGAUUCGACGUGUUCUGUUUGCUUUCCGUCCUGGAGGUAUUUGGAUCUCAUCGUUGCUGCUACUUGACACUAUUGUUUACCUAUCAAAUGGGAGUUUUCAUGCUUCACCACCGUCAUCUUAUCCUUUCACUUCUAAGUUUGAAGAAAUCGUCUCGAAAAUGAACCAAUCAACAUCGCCAAAUGAAAUCGAUCUACUCAGAUGGGUACUAGUUGAUGUGGACGAUGUAUUUGUGCCCAAUCGGCAUGUUUACCUUACGAUCGAUGAUAUAAAUGCGAUGAUUAAAGCUCAAAACUACUGGCGCACAUUCAUACCGAGGUUCACAUUCAAUAUGGGUUUCUGUGGUGCAUUUUUCAGUAAAUCCCGUUGGUCAGAUAAAAUUGUUUACAAUCACCUGCUUGAAAAUCGUCAUAAAUUUUGGUGGUUCGACCAUCUAUGGCAUCAUCGUAGGCCACAUAUCAUGAAUAAAACUUGUAUCCAGCAGGAUAUUGAACGUAAUCGUCAGUUUGCCAAGGAUCAUGAUAUCCCAGUUCAAGCUGGCUAUUCAAUUUCACCUCGUCAUUCUGGUGUUUAUCCAGUAUAUCCAGAUUUAUAUGAUGCUUGGCGUGCUGUCUCCAAUGUAAAUGUUACAUCUACAAUACAUUAUCCUUAUGUCAGACCAUCGGAUUUCCGUCUAGGCUUCCGUUAUAAAAAUAUUCAGGUCCUUCCUCGACAAACCUGUGGAAUUUACGCUCAUACAUUACAUCCAGAGGAUAUCCAAGGUGGAAUGGAAGAGUUGAAUGAAUAUAUUUUGGGGGGAGCAUUAUUUCGCACAUUUCUAUUUAACCCGGUUUCUAUCUUUAUGACACACCUUGUCAAUUAUGGAAAUGAUCGCUUAGCGUUGUAUGUAUUCAAUACAGUCUUUGAAUUUAUUUCUAACUGGACAAAUAUUAAACUGGUGACAUCAUCUCCACUGGAAUUAGCUGAAAUAUACAUUGAACGUUUCAAGUUGUAUGGCGUUAGUGAACUUCCUUUAUAUUCGGAUCCUUGUCGUAAUGUACAUCUGUAUGAAUUGUGGCCAAGUCACUGGCCGUGUGGUUCAAAUCACUUGCCAAAUUUUAUUAUUAUUGGACCUCAGAAAACUGGCUCAACAGCUUUACUACAAUUUCUGUUGUUGCAUCCUGAAUUAAUUGCUAAUCGAUUCCAACAUAAUUCUACUUUUGAAGAACUACAGUUUUUCAGUUCUGAUGAUAUUUAUUCACGUGGUGUACAUUGGUAUAUGAAUCAGUUUUCAAAUGCUUCAAUGUUACCACUUAGUGAUGUCCAACGAAAUGAAAGAAUCGUUAACGAUACUUACUCUACAGACGAAGAUGUCCCUUUAUGCGAUUUGAAAACCCGAAUUCAUGCCUUAAUGCCGAAAAUAAAACUGAUUGUGCUUCUUCGUAAUCCGGUGGAUAGAGCGUAUUCAUGGUACCAGCAUCGUCUUGCCCAUCGAGAUAUCGCGCCACAACUUUUAUCCUUCAAUGAUUUAAUGCUAUACGAUAUGCUAAAGAGUAUUGUUUCAAGUAUCCAUCACUUAUGGUCACGGUGUACUGGUCCAGGAAAUUAUGAACAACACUUACUCAACUGGUUGAAUUAUUUUCCAGCUUCACAGAUAUUACUAUUAGAUGCUGACAAGUUUUCUCAAAAUCCUGUACCUGCUAUGGAGAUAGUGCAACAGUUUUUAUCGCUCCGUCGACAGUUGGAUUAUUCACAGUAUUUACACUUCAAUUCAAAGAAGGGUUUUUACUGUACAUCUCCGAGAAUGGUACAAGGCCAACAACAACAAAGGCAGCAGCACCGUUACCAUGACAGUUGCUUAGGUCAGAGUAAAGGAAGAGUAUAUGAGCGGUUGGAUCGUGAAGUUUUAAUACCGAAAUUGAUGAAUUUACACUUUUCUAAGGCUAAUCAUAAACUUUAUCAAUUGUUACAAAAGCAACCUGUAUGGUACAGAAUGCUAUCGAUGAACUCAAAAAGCCUUCCUGUGUGGAUUAUGUAA